GACAUUAAAGGGGAAUUUGCGGAUAACUCACAAAUCUAUGGAAAUACAACCACUAUUUGUGUUAUCUCUGCUGGUUUAUUGUGUGGCUUGUGAGAGGCACAGUCUAAGAUAUUUUGUCACCACAACCUCUGUACCUAUUCCUGGGCUGCCUAUGUUCUCCAUUGUUGGAAGCAUCGAUGACAUGCCACUCGGGAGAUACUCUAGUGAAACGGGUCAGGCUCAGCCUUUUUAUAAAUGGAUGGAAAAGAAAAUUAAACCUGAACACUGGAAAGAGAUGAAUAAAAUAGCCCAAUACUUUGAAAGCUAUCACAAAAAUUUUAUAGGUUUGUUAAAAGCUCUGUUUAACCAGACAACUGAAAACAACAUUCUCCAGGUAAAGCUUGAAUGUGAAUUGCAUAACGAUGGAACCAUUAAUGGAGGUGAAGAGUUUGGUUACAAUGGGAAGGAAAUCAUUGUAUUUGAUAAAAAGAGACUGUUUUUUAUUCCAUUGACACAAGAGGCUCAGAUAAUAACACAGAGGUGGAAUGUUAAUCCAGGUUCAGCAGAAAGACAUAAAGCUUUAAUUGAGCAUCACUGCAUAAAGUGGAUGAAGACGUACUUCAGCCAUGGGAACAAUACACUGGAGAGGAAAGUUCCACCCAAAGUGAAAAUUUCUGAUCGCCAAUUAGACAAUGCGGCAAAGCUUCACUGCCAUGUGUACGGAUUUUACCCUCAAACUGUGGUUGUCAAGUGGGUGAAGAACGGUGUGAAUGAGGUUUACUCAGAAGAGGUAAAACAGAUCCUUCCCAACCCUGAUGGGACCUAUCAGGUCAGCGUAACGGUUGAAGUUAUUCCAAAGGAUGGAGACAAUUACACUUGUCAUGUGACCGACAGCAGCCUUGAUAAUACUAUGAUUAUUUUAUGGGGUGAGUGUUUACUUUAA